GAUACCAUGGCAAACUUAGGUACAAGAAAUUGAACGGAGGAAAACUGUUUAGCAGGAAGAACAAUGCACUGAAGAUGUCGAUUUCUGGAUCUCCAUCUAAAAUAAAUGUGAAAAAAGGGCGAGAUCCUUUGGCCAAUCGCAGACGAUGUGUCCGGGGACUGUCCACUCCACAGAUAUCUGGGUUCUAUCUGAUUGGCGUUUGGAACUCUCUCGUCUGUGAGAACAGACAUUUCUCCAGCCAGGCCGGCUGGCAGCAAUGUCUGAAGGGGAAAACUCUGCAUUUCAUGGGGGACUCUACCAUACGGCAAUGGUGGGAACAUUUCGUCAGAAUCAUGAUAAUGAAAGAAACACAUAUUCCUGAGGCCUUACACACAACUGGACCAUUGCUCGCCCGAGAUACUGUUAAUAACAUAACGGUAAACUUUCGGAUGCACGGACCGCCUCUUCGUGGUUCCAUUGGGACGUUUCUCCUGAAGUACGUCACAAACAUCAUCGACGAAAUUGAUGGAGGACCGAACGAUGUGGUUGGUAUCACCAUGUGGGCACAUUUUACUUCGUACCCUGUGGAGGUCUACAGGAAAAGAAUGGAAGCCGUCCGUGCUGCCAUAGAACGUUUACUACACAGGAGCCCUGAAACCCUUGUGGUCAUCAAGUCGGCAAACACGAACAUAGGCAAUGAGCUUAUCUCCGGGGAUUGGUUGGCACACAAGCUGGACUUGACAAUGAGAGAAAUGUUCCGCGGGAUGAACGUUGUUCUUGUAGAUGCUUGGGAAAUGACCAAUGCACAGCACUGGCACAAGGAAUACAUUCACCCAGCCCAGGACAUCGUCGUACAAGAACUAGAGUUCCUUUGUUCUUUUAUUUGUCCUUUGUGAACCUGUUUGAUGUUCUGGCCAGCUGUGUGACAUCAUCCUACACUGAGUCCAGGCAGACUUGUCGUUCGUCUGACAACCGUCACGUGGCGCUUUGUACAUGUACAUGAUCCUAAAGUUUCCUUGCAAUUUGCAUUGCAGCAUUGUUUCGCUAGACGCCCGUAUUGAAUAACUUCAAUGUGACUAAAUUUUGCAUAUGUAGGUUUAGUAUGGAACUAAAAAUAAGUUUUGUUUUCUGUUUGAUAUAUGUUUGGCUAUUUUGAAACAGAGUUGUAGAUUUCUGCUCCUUUGUUACUUGUAAACAUUUCUGUAACGUUUUCGUAUUUCAAAAGUUAACAUGUUUUUCCGCUUCUAUUUUAAGCCUGGGUUCCAUCCAUUUACUGGGCCUGCCAUACUUCCCUAACCAACUUAAGUUUCGUGAACCCGGUUUAACUAACUAGGAUGGCACCCAGGGUACUCCAACUAUUACAGUUAAAACAAAAGUCACUUCAACACGUGAGCUACCAAAGCAUUCAAGUCAACUCCUUUUAUUCAGUAAAAUAGACCCUCUGUACACUGCAUCUAGUAGUGUUAGGCAGAGCUGGGAAAAAGAUUCCUCCUAAUAUACAAACAAUGGGACAAAAGCACAAUCCAUGUGAGCUGUCUGUUCAAAACACCCUCAGUUGACUUUUUGUGAAAAAUACACUAUAUGGAUAAUUAUCAUACACAUAUAUCACAAUGUUAACAGAAAUGCAUGUCUUAUAUGACACAUGAGUUGCAUUACUUAAGAGUUAAGUAGGGGUACUCGUCUCAGCAAGAACAAACAAAAGUGUUGAUAAAUAGAGUUGAAUCUAUGUACAAGGUAUAACGAAAAAA